AUGUCAUUAAACAACUAGCAAAAUAAAUCAGGUGAUCAGAAAGUAUAGCCUUAACAGCAAAAUCAUCCUAUUAUUUAAGCCAUCAUUAAUUUCUUUGAAUAGGCUCACAGUGAAAAGGAGACUUCUAAGAACUUUUUAUUGCUAGGAAGAAUCUUUAUUUUUUUCAUGUAUGUCCUCAUACUCUGCAACAUUUAUGUUUAUGCUAAAUUAAGCAUACCAUCUAUGCUUAAAACCCAAUCAAUAGCCUUGACCCUUCCUGGUUAUCCUGAGAGAGUAACAGUAAGGUCAUCAUCAACAUUCAAGGCUCUACCCAAGGAAGUAACUGAAGAGUUCUCCUCAACUCUUAAUAAGUUAUUAAGUCAUAGGAAUAAGAGCUAUUUAACUUUAAUUCAUGGAAUUUAAGGGCAUAAAAAUAUCUGCCAGAAGUGUCCAUCUCAACCAGUCAAGCCACUUAGAUCUCAUCACUGCAGACUAUGCAUGAGAGAUGUUAUGCUGAUGGAUCAUCAUUGCCCUUGGAUUAAUAAUUGUAUUGGAAUCUAAAAUUAAAGAUACUUCUUAUUAUUCAACACAUAUAUGGCCUUUGCUAGUUGUUUGAUGAUAUUCCCUCUUACUAUCACUGAAGCACCUUAGAGAAAAUCUGAGAAUCUGUUAUACCAGAUCGUAUUGAUGAAGAAUUUCGUGUUGAGCAUUAUUAUGCUGAUAUUUAGCAUUUGGAAUUGGUAUCUAGCUUGCAAGGGACAAUCAGUGAUUGAGUUUAUGUCCAAUCGUGAUUAGUCUGAAGAAAUAACAACUUACGAACUCCCCAGCUGGAGAGAAAACCUAUUUGUGAUAUUUGGCACUUCCAACAUUACUGAAAUGAUUUUGCCUAUUCAUAGAGAUUUGCCACUCAGUGGUCUUGAAUGGACUUUUAUGAAUUAUGGAAAUGAUGGUGAUAGUGAGAGACUCAUAAAAUGA